CCUCUUCUCUGAGAAACAGAGCGAAGGAGAAAGUUACAGUGUACGGCGGCGGCGGAGAAAAAGUUUAUGGGAUGGAGACUACUAAUAACAAUAACAACAACAACAUAAUACCGCCGUUUGUUAUGAAGACGUAUCAGAUUGUCAACGAUCCGACGACUGAUAGGCUAAUCGCCUGGGGCAAAUCCAACAACAGCUUCAUCGUCAUCGACCCUUUGGAUUUCUCUCAGAGGAUCUUACCGGCGUACUUCAAACACAACAACUUCUCGAGCUUUGUCCGACAGCUGAAUACUUAUGGGUUUAGGAAGGUAGAUCCAGAUAGAUGGGAAUUUGCGAAUGAAUGGUUCCUCCGAGGGCAGAAGCAUUUGUUGAAGAACAUAGUGCGCAGAAAGUAUGCUCGGAAUCAAUUAAUUCAAGCUAAAAUUGAGGAUUUUGAUGAAGAUGAAAUGGUCAUGGAGAUUGCUAGGCUAAAAACAGAACAGAAGGCCUUGGAAGAAGAAUUGAAGGGGAUGAGCAAGCGGCUGGAGGCGACGGAGAGGCGGCCGCAGCAAAUGAUGGCGUUCCUCUGCAAAGUGGUUGAAGACCCCGAUCUUCUUCCUCGCAUGAUGCUUGAGAAAGAACGAACAAAGCAGAUUACGGCCGAGAAAAAGAGACGGUUGAUGAUAUCCUCGACGUCGUCUUCGUCUUCCUCCAGAAUGGCUCUGUCGGGUUCAAUAAAAUCUGAAGAGGAAGAAGAAGGAACGGUGGGGGUAAAUUCGUCACCGGAGACCGGAUUUGAUAUUGAUAGCUUUUGUCAAUAUUCAAGUGAUCAGUCAUCCGCAUCCCCUGAUAACUCUGUUUCUGUUGCAUUUCCAAGCCCUGUACCGAUGGUAGGGAAGAUGAAUCACGGUUGUGGACCGGUUUCGAGCAGGCAAUUACCGGUAGUAAUGACGGCGGCAGGGAUAGGAAACAGAACGGUGGGCUCUUCGGCAGCGAAUAUUAAUAUUGUAUCUGGGUAUAGUGACAGAAGCAUAGAAAUGGGUUAUUUCGGAGAAAUGGCGGCGGUGGUGGAGGCAAGAUCCUCACCGCCUUAUCCGUUUUCAUUGUUAGGCUAGACAGAUGGCUUUUAGAGGUUGCUUUUCAUGAUAUAUCAUGAAUUCUAUCUUCAGUAUUUGAAUUUUAUUUGUAGUUUUAGAUUUUUCAUAUUUUGUUUCCUUUUUUAUGUAUAUUUUAUUUGUUUAAAUUAGAAGAAAAAGGUGAAAAUUAU